ACCUUCUUUAACUGUCUAUGGCACUGUCUAACAUAACAUACAUGUGGUGCUGAUUUGAACAGUUCAUUUAGUUGUUAGUAUAUUUUAUUGGUUUGUAUGACCUUCUGUGGUUGGAUAUCCGGCCGAUGACGCACUUUUAAAAGGUUUUGUACUUGAAAUAAUCAGGUAAAGAAGAACUGUGCUAUUAAAUGCUGUCAGUUAGCUUUCCAACACGCUAACACCGACAGCUAGUAACUACAGCAUCAUUAGCCAGCAGCCGUUUGUCAUCUGUGCUCUUCACAGAUGGCUGAUGAUAGCGUGAAAAGUGAAGCUUCAGCCCAGCAGGAGAAUGAUAACGGAGGCAACAAGAGCAGUCAGAAGACGGUGAGCAGUAAUGGAGAAAAUGCAGCAGAAAACCAAACGGUGUCCAAAAGUCAGAAGAAGAAGCUUCUGAAACAGCAGAAAUGGGAAGAAGAGAGAGAACUACGAAAGCAGAGACGAAAGGAGAAGAAGCAGCAGCGUCGGCUGCAGAGGACCAACCAUCUGGAGGAGCAGGGAGGAGAGGCCCAACAUAUGAGGAAACGGCCCCGCAGAGAGGUGGCGCCCAGCUCUCUCAGACUGGUGGUGGACUGCAGCUUCGACAACCUCAUGCUGACCAAGGAUGUCCAAAAGCUUCACAAACAGAUCCAGCGCUGCUAUGCUGAGAACAGACGAGCCCUGCAUCCAGUGCAGGUUUAUCUGACAAGCCUGGGAGGACAGCUGAAACAGAGCAUGGAUAAGAAGGACAAAGGAUGGGUAAACUGGAAGGACAUCAGCAUUAAAACAGAGCACUACAGUGAAGUUGUGGCGAGGGAGGAGUUGGUGUACCUGACAUCAGACUCUCCCAACGUGCUGGAAGAGCUGGACCACAAAAAGGCCUACGUGAUAGGAGGCCUGGUGGACCACAACCACCAUAAGGGGAUUACUUUUGAGAGGGCGACGGAGCUGGGGAUUGCUCACGCUCAGCUUCCUCUGAGCAGUUUUGUCAAGAUGAACAGUCGGAAAGUUCUGGCAGUCAAUCAUGUGUUUGAGAUCAUCCUGGCAUACUUGGAGAAAGGCAGCUGGCAGGAGGCCUUCUUCACCGUCCUGCCUCAAAGGAAAGGGGCAGUGGCCGUCGACCAGGAAAAAGAAGAGGAAGAUUCGGACUCGGACUCUGACACCCCAGACCAAACUGAGAAAAGAGCCUAAAACUUUGUUCAAAUGGACUUCAAGAAAAGUUGAUUCCUGGGAAAACAUCUGAAUAUAUAUGAAUGCUGAGGCUAUGCUUGAAAGAGGGAUGUGUUAACAAUCAUCUGUUUCUUUUGAAAUUUCAAACUGCUUUUUUUUUUUAAACCAGCUAUUUAUUGAAAUCUUUACUUUGUGCCUCCUGUAAUAGGUAAUAACUUAGUUGAACAGCUAAUGAAAAGUUCAGUUCUAAUAUAAUUUGCAGAAUAUACAAUAUUAUUACUGAAAAUACUUAUUUUCUUUUAGCAAGAAGCUUAAACUGUCUGCCUGGUGCUUAAUCUAUUCAUUUAACAUAACGUUUUAAAGCAGGAUAAAGUCAAAACAUGAGCAUGAUUGUCUCUGGCCCUGGAAUUCUUGGAAAAUAGUUAAACUUUUGAGUGUAUUCAUAGUAUAAGAAAUUAAAGCACCUCCACACAGUUGCUAGUUCCAAGAGGACACAGAGGAUUAAAACAUGAACAACUCAAGAGACAGAAGAGGUAAUAAUCUUCACUCGUGUUUCUGUGCGCAAAAGUCACGGGACCCCGCAGUCUUCUGAACUAGGAGAGAGUUGUGUGGAGCUGAUGGUCUUAAUUAGCUUUGUAGCAACUCAUUUGGCAACGGCUUGAACGUAACGAACGUUCAUUAAUAUCAAAAAGUUAAGCACUAAAGUUUUAAAAUGAAUUUGACACAUUCUAUGUAGAAGUCUGGGGAAUAUUAUAGAUACAUGGUGGAGAGUAGCUAAGGACAGAGGUAAACAAAAGUGUAGAAAAUGUGUUCAGCCAAUGGAUAAAAAGCACAAAA